AUGCCGGGGGUCGCGGAUCUCAUGGAGCUGAGGAGGGUCGCCACGGAGGCGGACGACGAUAGCACGGCCAGCCUGGACGACCACUACCCGGAGCCCAUCGACUCGGAAAAGGCCACCAUAAACAGCCAGUUCACCGACGACAACGAGGACGGAGAGAGCCAGAAUUUCCUGUCGGAUGGGUUGAUGAUGAAGAAGAAGAAAUACCAGGAAUACCAGGAAGAAUAUCAUCCGGGCCACGCCUCUUUCGGCAUGUCCGUGUUCAACCUGAGCAACGCCAUCAUGGGCAGCGGGAUCCUGGGCCUGUCUUACGCCAUGGCCAACACGGGCAUCGUCCUCUUUACAAUCCUCCUCUUCGGUGUGGCCAUCCUCUCCUUAUACUCCGUUCAUCUGCUCCUCAUGACCGCUAAAGAAGGAGCCAUGUCCAGCUACCUCUUCAUCGUCAAGUACGAGCUGCCCGAGGUGAUCCGAGCCUUCCUGCGGUUAGAGGAAAGCUCCGGCGAAUGGUACCUGAACGGCAACUACCUGGUGGUGUUUGUGUCGAUCGGGAUCAUCCUGCCUUUGUCCAUGCUCAAAAAUCUGGGCUACCUGGGCUACACCAGUGGUUUUUCCCUGUCCUGCAUGGUCUUUUUCCUCAGCGUGAUGAUUUACAAGAAAACCCAGCUUCCCUGCCCUCUGCCGUUCUUCUACGGCCACGCGUCCAACCUGAGCGCCAACGCCUCGGACAUGGCGGCGCUGCACGCCCUGCGCGCCAACGCCACGCAGAUGGACUUCUCCCGGGCCGACGCGUCGGCCGCCGCCGUCGCCGGGGGCAGCGACGCGCACCACGCCACGGGCGUCCACUUCGAGCCCCACCCGGACGACGAGGAGAUGUGCACGCCCAAGUACUUCGUCUUCAACUCGCAGACAGCAUACACCGUGCCCAUCCUGGCCUUUGCCUUUGUCUGCCACCCUGAGGUGCUGCCCAUCUACAGUGAGCUGAAAGACCGCAGCCGGAAGAAGAUGCAGAAUGUGUCCAACCUGUCCAUCCUGGCCAUGCUGGUCAUGUACAUGCUGUCGGCGCUGUUCGGCUACCUGACCUUUUACGACAACGUGGAGGCCGAGCUGCUCCACACCUUCACCAAGGUCUACAAGUUCGACACCAUGCUGCUGCUGGUGCGCCUGGCCGUGCUGACCGCCGUGACGCUGACCGUCCCCAUCGUGCUCUUCCCCGCAACCAUCUUCCUGGUGGUGGGGGUCGUUUUCAUGAUCGGCAGCUUGUCGAUGAUCGUCCUCGACUGGAUCCACAACCCCCCGGGCUCCGGCGGCGGCCAUUAA